AUGGCUUCUAUGGCGGCUGCAAUAGCCGCAGCUCGGACUGCUGUGUCGGGUAACCGGCCCCUGGAUGAGAAGGAGAGGAAUCGCUUCGCCUAUUUCUCCUCCCUCAACUCCAUGGCCAAGAAGAUCAUGCAGGAUAAGGAGCGGAUCCGCCAGCGCUAUGGCACUCAGUGGGAGAAGAUGCCGCCCAAAGAGCAGGACGAUGCCAUAGACAAGAACCUGGUGGACCCGGAGCUGCAGAGGAGAUAUACCCUACACAGGGGAGCCGCCGACACCCAGCCUGACCCCUGCUACCCCGUCCUCAAAUCCCAGACCGGCCAGAAGGUGGUGCACUUCGGGGAGGAGGACAUAACAUGGCAAGAUGAACACUCUGGACCAUUUUCUUGGGAAACUCGAAGUCAAAUGGAGUUCAGUGUUGCUUCUAUAUCUGGUCAAGAAUUAGCAACUGGUCUUGCACAGACUGAAACAAAGCAAACCCCUAAAGCUGCAAAUCAAAACAAUCAGAUUAAGACUCCUCUUAGCAAUCCCCAAGUUAAGAACACCCAGGUUACUAGACCACCCAACUAUGAUGGAUCAACUCCAAUGAGGAAAGAAGAGGAGUCAACCUUUUGGAAAAUAAGCAUGGAGCGAUCUAGAAUUGAAGGCUCACAGUCAGAAUUUCAGUCUUUAACACCAAGCCAGAUAAAAUCCUUAGAAAAGGGUGAGAAGCCACUACCUGUCUAUUAUAGGCAAGAUUCCUUCCAGAAGGAAAAGGAAGUAUCCAAACCUGAGAAACCAGCACUCUUGACUGAAAAACCAGCUGUGGUUACCAAACAGCCGAAGACUACCAUUCCAAAUGUCGUCUCUUUGGAGAAUCCUAGGCCAAGCCAGUCAUCUGUCAGCACGCUAGAUGAUGUCUUUCUUCCAGAGCCAGUAGAACCUGUGACAGAAACCAGCAAGGAACCUGAAAACGAAGAGACUUCUCCAACAGGACCUCAACUGUUUUCACAGAUUAACACCAGCAGUGUCCUUUUGAAGACAGGAUUUGAUUUCCUUGACAACUGGUAA